AUGGAUUGGCUUCAGCUGGUCUCCCUCCAUCCUGUAUCACUUUAUCAACUGGUUGCUUUUCCUUUUGCAGUUCUGUUCAAUUAUCUCUGCCUCACAGAUUCGUUUUCCACCCGGGCCAGGUACCUCUUUCUCCUGGCUGGAGGCGGUGCCCUGGCCUCGGCUGCCAUGGGUUCCUACUCUCUGCUCGUCCUCACCCCUGCCUUCUGUGCUGGGGUUCUGGUCUCCUCACUCGGCGCACAGGAAGUCCACAGGCUGACCUUCUUCUUUCAGAUGAGCUGGCAGACCCUGUGUCACCUGGGUCUUCACUACGCCGAGUACUACCUGCAAGAGCCCCCUCCUGUGAGGUUCUACAUCUCUCUUUCUUCCCUCAUGCUCUUGACCCAGAGGGUCACGUCUCUGUCACUGGACAUCAGUGAGGGAAAAGUGGAGAAAACACCUGGAGGCACCAGGAGCAGAAGCUCUUUGGCUGAGCAUCUGUGUAAAGCUCUGCCCUAUUUCAGCUACUUGCUCUUUUUCCCUGCUCUCCUGGGAGGCCCCUUGUGUUCCUUUCAGAGGUUUCGGGCUCGUAUUCAAAGAUCUAACUCUUUGUAUCCCAGUAUCUCUUUCUGGGCUCUGACCUGGAGGGGCCUGCAGAUUAUUGGACUGGAGUGCCUCAAGGUGGCCCUGAGGAGGCUGGUGAGCCCAGGAGCCGGACUGGAUGAUUGCCAGCAGCUGGAGUGCGUUUAUGUCAUGUGGCACACAGCUGGGCUCUUCAAACUCACCUACUACUCGCACUGGAUCCUGGACGACUCUCUCCUCCAUGCUGCAGGCUUUGGAUCUGAAUCUGGCCAGAGGCCUGGGGAGGAGGGAUAUGUCCCGGAUGCGGACAUCUGGAUGCUAGAAACAACCCACAGGAUAUCCCUGUUCACGAGGCAGUGGAACCGAAGCACAGCUCGGUGGCUGAAGCGGCUAGUCUUCCAGAACAGCCGGUGCUGGCCGGUGCUGCAGACCUUUGCCUUCUCAGCCUGGUGGCACGGGCUCCACCCCGGACAGGUGUUUGGCUUCCUGUGCUGGGCUGUGAUGGUAGAAGCUGACUACCUUAUUCACACCUUUGCCACUGUGUUUUUUCGAUCCUGGCCACUGCAGUUGCUCUAUAGAGCCCUUGCCUGGGCCCAUACCCAGCUCAUCAUUGCCUACAUAAUGCUGGCUGUUGAGGUCAGGAGUCUGUCUUCUCUCUGGCUGCUGUGCUGUUCUUACAACAGUGCCUUCCCCAUGCUGUACUGUGUUUUGCUUUUUCUAUUAGCAAAGAGAAAACCCAAAUGUAACUGA